AACCUUUACCCGGACCCGCGUUUCGUCUUGGUUUCUCCAGAAUCUCCGGUGUUUCUUCUCCUUCUCUCUGGGAGAGCUCUCCCGGAGUCUCAAACUUUGAAUUUUCCAAUUCUCGUCUGAUCGUCGUAAAUAGCUUCCGGUAUAAUUUGUUCGGCUCUUUUAGGUCCUCAGUAGUCUUCUUGGAUUCUUUAUUUGUUAUUGAGCUCUCUGAAAUUGCGGCUAUGGCGAUCCGAUUCACCGUCGCUUACUAUGGCUACGUCGCCCAAAGCCUUAGCUCCUCCGCCGCCUCUAAGGUGGUCGGCUGCCGGUUCCUCCACGAAUGCUGCUCCGCCCGAUCUCGUUUCUUUCAGAGCCCCGAUUCCACGAGCUCUAACGAUUUCCGCGGCUCCAAGCGCGACGCCAAUUUCGUCAGUGUCCGACCGUCGGCCGCAUCUUCGACGUUCUCUACGAUUGCAGCCGACGUUCUCGGCUGCGGCUUGGAAUCUCCACUGGUUUCGGGAUUGAUUUCAUUGAUGAAAUCGCCGACGUUUUCUCCUGGGGUUUCGACUGCACCGGGUGUUUUCGGGAUUUCUCCACUGAGACGAGUGUCGAUCGUUCCGUUUCUGCAAGCCUCGAAGUGGCUGCCCUGCAAUGAAGUCGGAAUUGGAACAGGUAGUACUUUGUUGGAUAAUGGUGGCGCCAUUACUGAGAAUAGCAAAGAGGUUACUAUUCCCAAUAAUUCAAACCCUUCAACGGCGACCUGGCUCUCUAAGAUGUUUAGUAUCAGCUCAGAGGAUGCCAAGACGGCUUUCAGAGCUUUAAGCAUCAGUUUGGUCUUUAAGUCCUCUUUGGCAGAGCCAAGGUCGAUUCCUUCCACAUCUAUGUACCCUACUCUGAAUGUGGGUGAUAGAAUAAUGGCAGAGAAGGUGUCGUAUAUUUUCAGGAAGCCUGGAAUUUCUGAUAUCGUGAUCUUCAAAGCUCCUCCUGCUCUCCAGGCGAUUGGUUAUAGUUCUGGGGAUGUUUUCAUAAAAAGAGUUGUGGCAACGGCUGGUGAUUAUGUGGAAGUGCGAGAUGGUAAACUGUACGUGAAUGACAUUCCCGAAGAUGAGGAGUUCAUUUUGGAACCUCUUGAUUAUGAAAUGAAACGAAGGCUUGUUCCUGAAGGCUAUGUGUUUGUGAUGGGGGACAAUCGUAACAACAGCUUUGACUCGCAUAACUGGGGUCCACUCCCGGUUAAAAACAUCGUUGGUCGAUCAGUUUACCGAUACUGGCCUCCCUCGAGUGUGUCGAACACCCUGGAGAGGAAAGCUCUUACCAGUUCUUGACUGGAUACCCUCCUCUGCAGUCUGCACAAGUCGUUUCUUUUGAGUUUUGCCAUUGAUAAGAAAGCUGUGAAUACUAAACCCUUUUGUGCUAUAGCAGUAGCUGUUAGUUAGUCCAUUCUUUAGUUUGGGAAUCUUCUUGGCCAGUUAGUGAUCAUGGAUUGAAUAUGUUUGUUUAUCAAUAAGUUGUAUUGAGAAUUAAAUAUGAAAUAGUACAUUAAUUUUACUGCUUCUUGAGUUUGUAAAUAUACUCACUUUUUUU